GCUUCCUAACAUCAAAUCUAACGCCAAAGCCUGAAUUUGGACCCAAAACAAUGGCAUCAUCAAGUAAUAAUUUGAGAUAUUAUCCAUCUUCGAAGAAACAAAAGAUUGGAAUUGAAGAACAAACCCUCGAAGAUCGUAUCAGUCAGUUACCGGACUCACUCCUCGUACAAAUUCUCUCUCUUUUGCCUACAGAGGAUGCAUUCGCGACAUGUAUUCUCUCGAAAAGGUGGCAAUAUCUCUGGACUUUUUUUUAUAACUUCAUUUUCACUAUUACAAAUCACCGGGCAAAAGAAAAUUUCUCCUUUGUUGACUAUGCAUUAGCCCAUUCCCUCUCUUCCAAAAUUAAAAAGUUCCAACUCGACUGUACUGACCUGUAUCCAUCCGACCGCAGUGUGGAGUAUGAAUAUGACUCGUUAGUCAGGCGAUGUCUUAGUUUUGCUGUUGAGAGAAAAGUGGAAAAUCUUGUAUUCUGGUCAUUUGUAGAUGAUCAUUGCACAUUGCCUGAAUCUCUAUGUACCUGUUCGUCGUUGAUAACUUUGGAUGUUAAAUAUUGUGGCUUUGAUUAUUAUCACCCGGUCAUAUCGUGUAAAUCUCUAAAGAGCUUAAAGUUGGGGUAUACGGUGUUAUCAGAUGAAAAUAUUGUGAACUUACUGUCAGGCUGUCCUGCAUUGGAAACUAUGGAAUUAUAUAUGGUUGAGGGUUUCUGUCGCCUAGAAAUUAAUUCUUUAAAAUUAAAGAGAUUCAAGCUGAAAGGUUAUUUGUUUGCUCAGGCUGGAGGAGAUUCCUUAGAAAUUAUUGCCCCGUAUCUUCACCAUUUGGAAAUAUCAGGAGAUCUUUAUGAUCUUAAGUGUAGACUUGUUGAUGUGUCCUCUGUGGUUAAUGCUAAGCUUACUUUCAACAUUAUGUGUAUCAAAGAGAUUGAUAAUGAUGAUGAGGAAGAAUUUGAUGAUGUGGAAGAAUCUGAUGAUGAGGAAGAUAGUUGUCGUGACUAUCAUGAAGCAGUAUAUACCCUCGUCCAAGAUAAUCUUCAGAAGUUGAGUUGUGCAACCAAUCUAACAAUUGGAACUUGGUUCACAGAGGUCCUAUGCAUGUUGCUGUUCAAAGGGGUGUCGAUUCCAGAAUUGAAGUGCAAAUAUCUAACACUAGAGUUGCAUUUCAAAGAAUUUAAUUUGUACGGGGCAACUGGCCUUUUGCGGACCUCGCCUUACGUGGAGACACUCAACAUAGACAUGGAUACCAAGCAUUUUGAUGAUUCCCGCUGCUGCUUUGAGUUACCAGAUUUGGCCAAAGGAGAUAAUAUUGAUUUGCAGACUUGGAUUUCAAGUUUUGUGUUUCCCAACCUCAAGAAUGUUAAGAUUGUCUUCUCCUCACGGCAGUGCUUGAAGAAUCAUGUCAAAUGGGGCUUUGACAAGCUCUUCAAGCUUUUGGAAUUUCUGUUAAAGAAUGCAACAGUUUUGGAGAAGUUCGUUAUCAUAUUAGCGAGAAGAUUGUGCGGGAUAUGUUCAAUGAACUGUUUGUCCCAAUAUUUAUUUCGGUUGGCUGAGAAAUUGUCAAGUUGCCCAAGAUCCUCCACCAAAUUUAUGAUUAUCUUCCGGGAGUGAGCUUUCCAUGACGUGAAUGCAGUAGUUUUUUGUCAAUUCACAUUACUCUGUUUUUGAUAAACUGCUCCGUGCAAUCAUGAAUCUUUAACUUCUCUAUGUAACUAACUAGUACUAUUCUUUUGGACUUACCCUUAUGGCAUUGCAAAUGUUAUGGUAGCUUUACUCAUGAAGCUUCUGUUUGUUGCAUUUUAGAUGUUGUACACAUGUCCAUUGAGAUUUUUUGGUAA